UCAAAAAAUGUUCUAAAAUGAACUAAAAAUGCUCUAAAUGGCCAAUACAGGUUGAUUGAAGAUGAUGAAUUGUUAGAGAAGCCUAAGACUAGAGUGGAGGAAUUGGAGACAUGUGAAGUGGGAGAAGUGUUUGCAGUAGCAGUAGAGAAACAUGGACAGCCGCAAGAGACCCCUUGAUUUAAUUAUGCGGGUGCGAGUAAGAGGAUGGAGGCCGUUUGGAGAGAGAAUGAGGAGGAAGAUGUUGGAGAGGAGGAAGAUGUUGAAGAGGAGGAAAAGGAGGAAGUUGAGGAAGAUGAGGAAGUUGAAAGAGAUGAUGAAGUUGAGGGAGAUGAUGAAGUGGAGGGAGAUGAUGAAAAAGGGGGAAAUGAUGAAGAAGGAGAAAAUAAUGAAGAAAGAGAAAAUAAUGAAGAAAGAGAGAAUAAUGAAAAAGGAGAAAAUAAUGGCUCUACAAAUAUUUUGAAUGAUUUAUCAAUAGUAUCUAGUGAAAAUAAUGCUGUAGAGCAGGGGUUAACACAAGCAUUGACGCCUGUCUAUCUUUCCGAAGAUACCAGCCCUAAGGAAUCAAUUGACAAUACUAAUCAGAUUUGUAUAGAAAUUUCUUCGGAUUCAAGCUCUCAAGAUAAUAUAAACGAAGAUGUGAAACCUAAAUCUCUAAUAAAGCGAAGAUCAUUUAAGCCUUGUGCAAUCUGCCUGAAUUAUGACUAUGAUGAAAAUGACAGAAUUAUCAUAUGUUAUCAAUGCAAAGAAGGAGCACAUCAGAGAUGCUAUGGAAAAGAGAUUCUCAAGGAUGUUCCUGAAAAAUGGUUCUGUGAGCGAUGUGAUUCAUUAAAGAGAAAAUACCAGCUUCCCGAAUGAUACCUAUGAUGAUCCUCUUCAGGAAUCCUUGUUCGAGUAAAUACAUCAGAAUGGGUCCACCCUGUUUGAGUUAAUUGGAUUCCAGGAGUCUUCUUAAAAAAUACCAAAUCUCAUGGUUAUUCCAGGCAGAUAACUUAUGUUUGAGGAGAAAUUGAAUCAGAUCAGUUUGGAAAUAUGUGAUUAUUUUGAUGAAAAAGAUCAGGAGUAACUCUCCGAUGUGAUUACCCCUCAUGAAAAGUAAACUUUCACGUCAAGUGAGCUGUUAAUAGUAAGGUAAUCAAGGGCUUUAACGAACUCCAAAGCCUAGCCAUGGUCGAAAAUGAUAGCUUUGUACCCUUCUUUUGACCCUGACAUCAAGAUAAAGGCACAAAGUUAUGGGCUAGGUUAGGCUAUCAAGGAAUUAGAUCCAACAAAAUAGCAUCAAAAAUAGCAUCAAAAAUAGCUAAAAUUCCUUUAAAAAUAGGAGAAAGUUUCAACAACUUUCUUCAAGAGAUUUAUCACAAAAAGAGGGAAUCAAAAGCAUUAAAUAAGGACUAUGUUGAAAACAAGAAAAAAAUAGGUAAAAACCUUUACCAAGUAAAAAGCAAAGGUCACACAUCAAAAAAGGAAAUAUUUAAAGAAUGGAAUGAAAAUUUUUGAAAACAGCUGAAAAAAACCAUCACAAGAUCAAAAGAGCCUAACCCAACCCCUAAAUUCCUCAAUAACACCUCUCGCCAUCAUAAAAAUCGCAGAUAUUCCUAUUUCCCUUCAAAAAAUCUAAAUCCUCGCCCAAAACCCUUCCACCACUCAAGUCCUCCCAAUAUGUAGAUUCGAGAUAUGGAAGUUGUUUAAACAAGCAAGAGGUUGAUUUCAGGACUUUUUGAUGGUUAUCAGGAGAGUUGUCAGAAGGAAUCCCAAGUAAUUUGUUUGGAAUAAUAAGGAUCAGACCAAUACUAAUAGAGUAUUACCAAGAGAGUAAAGAGAAAUAAUAAAAUAUAGCUAUUUUAGAGGUAAAAUGGAAUAGAAAUAUGUUGCUCAAUUGAACAUCAAUGAGAUAAAGACUCAUAGCUCUAAUGAAAAUAAAUAAAGCAAAUGCGUGUGGAGGACUUGGAAGAACUAUCACAGUUAUAAAAAUAUUAUCUUAACUGCUCAGGUUUAGAUUAGCUUGAUUAAAAUUCUGAGAUAGAGUCGAGCCAGGGCAAAAAUUGAGUUAGAAAAGAAGCUUUUGAAAAUGUAAAGUUUUCUUAAAAUCAUUACAUAUGUGAAAAUAGAUUAAGAUACAUAAAGGAUAUAUAUUUCGGAAUUCGCCAAAGUUAACUAAAAU